UUUGGGUCAUCUUUCCGCAUUAAAAGAGCAGUAACGACUGUUCCCAAGAUUCAAAUUGACGAUGAAUCAGAUCUUAUUGAUGAAGAUAGUCUCUUGACUGAGGAAGACUUGAAGAAACCACAGCUACCACCUGUUGGAGAUUGUGAAGUUGGAAGCACAAGGAAAGCUUGCAAGAACCGUGUUUGUGGUCGAGCUGAGGCAGAGGAGAAAGUGCAGAAGCUGGGGCUGACCGCAGAGCAGAUCAACAAUCCUCAGUCUGCAUGUGGCAAUUGUGGACUUGGGGAUGCAUUCCGGUGCAAUGGCUGCCCUUACAGAGGUCUUCCUCCAUUCAAGUUGGGCGAAAAGGUUUCCUUAACUGGUAACUUUCUUGUGGCUGAUAUAUGAUGGUUGAGAAGAGCCAGCAUUGACCGUUUCCAUCAAAAAGAGACGAGCCAGCAUUGAAGUAGAAUAAUUUACUUUGUCAACAUUUCUUUUUUUUGUUCUGACGGUUAGAUCAUUGGUUGUUUGUCUUGCACUGAAAGAAGAAUCAAACUCAUAGAAAACAUUGAGUUGGACAGACUUUGUUCUCAAUGAAUUAAGAUAAUCAAAAUUUGGUUCAUCA